UUAGCGAGCGGGACGGCGGCUUAACGCAAGAGCGGCUGCGCACUUGGGAGCCAUUCUUACCGCAUGGCGGAAGCGGAGGCGAUGGCGGCGGGUGCUGCAGCCCAGUCCGCCGAGGGGUUCCCGGGGCGGGCGGCGGCGCUGGAGCUGUGGCUCAAUAAAGCCACAGACCCAAGCAUGUCAGAACAGGAUUGGUCAGCUAUCCAGAAUUUCUGUGACCAGGUGAACACUGAUCCCAAUGGCCCCAUCCAUGCACCCUGGCUGCUGGCUCACAAGAUCCAGUCUCCACAAGAGAAAGAAGCUCUUUAUGCUUUAACGGUGCUGGAGACAUGUGUGAAUCACUGUGGAGAGAAGUUCCACAGCGAGGUUGCCAAGUUCCGCUUCCUGAAUGAGCUGAUCAAAGUGUUGUCCCCAAAGUACCUGGGAUCCUGGACCACAGACAAAGUUAAAGGAAGAGUCAUAGAAAUACUCUUUAGUUGGACAGUCUGGUUUCCAGAAGACAUUAAAAUCCGAGAUGCUUAUCAGAUGCUGAAGAAACAAGGAAUCAUAAAGCAAGAUCCUAAACUACUGGUGGAUAAAAUCUUGCCUCCACCUUCUCCCUGGCCCAAGAGCUCCAUCUUUGAUGCUGACGAAGAAAAGUCAAAGCUUCUAUCAAGGCUUCUGAAGAGCAGCCACCCUGAGGAUCUGCGGGCUGCAAACCGGCUGAUCAAGAGUUUGGUCAAGGAGGAGCAGGAGCGGUCAGAGAAGGUAUGCAAGAGAGUCAGUGCUGUGGAGGAAGUGCGGAGCCAUGUGAAGGUGCUGCAGGAAAUGCUGAGCAGGUACCGCAGGCCGGGGCAGGCCCCACCAGACCAGGAGGCCCUGCAGGCUGUAUAUGAGAGGUGUGAGAAGCUGCGGCCCACCCUGUUCCGGCUGGCAGGUGACACCAUUGAUGAUGACGACGCACUAGUGGAGAUUCUUCAGGCAAAUGACCUCCUCACCCAGGGAGUUCUGCUGUACAAGCAGGUUAUGGAGGGCCGUGUCAUCUUUGGGAACACAGCGAGCAGCACAGUGGGAGACAUACCUGUCUCCAGAGUCUUUCAGAAUCCAACAGGCUGCAUGAAGAACUGCCUGAUGGACUUGGAGGUGGACACUGGAUCUGAGCCAGCUGGGACUAGAGCACCAUCUCUACUUCAUCAGGACCUGGCAGCCUUAGGAAUCAGUGAUACUCCAGUUACCAACAAGGUUGCUGGGCAGAGCUGCUGUAAGGAAGAGAGGAAUCCUGCCAGGACACUGCCAGGUGGUGGUGUUGAGAGCCCGUCGGCAGAAAGGAGCUUGUUGGACCUCCUCUCCUCACAGCCACCUGCGGACCCUAUGAAUUAUAUUCCACAGAAAAACAUCCCUAAGGAAGUGCCAACAGGUACUAAGUCAUCUCCUGGUUGGUCCUGGGAGGCUGGCCCAUUGGCUUCAUCCUCAUCUUCUCAGAAUACACCUCUGGCUCAAGUGUUUGUCCCUUUGGAGUCUGUUAAGCCUAGCAGCCUGCCUCCAGUCAUUGUGUAUGACCGGAAUGGAUUCAGAAUUCUGCUCCACUUUUCCCAGAUGGGGGCCCCGGGUCACCCUGAAGUUCAGGUGCUACUGCUGACCAUGAUGAGCACUGCCACUCAGCCUGUCUGGGAUAUCAUGUUUCAAGUGGCUGUGCCAAAGUCAAUGAGAGUGAAACUGCAGCCGGCAUCCAGUUCCCAGCUCCCAGCAUUCAGUCCUUUGAUGCCACCAACCGUGAUCUCUCAGAUGCUGCUACUUGACAAUCCGCACAAAGAGCCCAUCCGGUUACGGUAUAAGCUGACAUUCAACCAGGGCGGACAGCCUUUCAGCGAAGUAGGAGAAGUGAAAGACUUUCCAGACCUGGCAGUCUUGGAUGCAGCCUAACUUUUCACAAGACGCACCCUGCCAUUCAAGUUUAGGCAGUGUUGUUUGUGCUGUUUAUAUAGGACUAAUCAUGGUGACCUAGUGCAAAGUGCCCAGAGUUCUGUCCCAAUUCAGGCUCUGGUUGCCAACCACCAACUUCUGACUUGUUCCGCAGAUUGUGUGUGUGUGUGUGUGUGUGUGUGUGUGUGUGUUGUAUGGAGUUCAGGGGAUGGAGGAACAGAACUUGGGAUAUGGGCAGUAUGGGAAGUGCUAAAGCAUUUGUGAUAACCAUCUGCUACAAUCAUAUCUGUUUCUGCAUAUUUGGACACUGAUCUCUCUGCUCAGGGUGAAUGUUUUAUAAGCCAAAGCUGUUGUUGUCUUCAUGUAUUAUCUUUUCAUUCAUCCACUGUGUGCCUUGUCAGCCUUCAAAAGUCUUGGUUGCUCCCAGGCUGCUAUUCUCAGGGACCUUAAAAGGGACCUACUUAGUUGGUUUUGGGGCAGAGUAUAUCUUCUGGGGCAUUCUCUUUUAAGUAAGACCUUGUCUCCAUUUCCAUUAGAGAAUGCUACUUGCAAGUGUUCCAGAAUAUCUUCUCAGUGGAAGGCUUGUUGCACUGCUUUCCAUGUGACGGGCUGCCACUAGACCAGAGGAGCACUCCUGUGGGCCAAUCAUGUCCUUUACCACUGUGCCUUAGAAUCACCCAUAGACGGGCCCUCCAGGCCAGAGGGAAAAACAGAUCCUAGGUCUCAUUCAGGCCUCAGUUUCUGAGGGUUGUGCAGCCUGUCUGGGUCCUUACUCAGGACCCUCAUCUCCAUCCUUAUCCUCUUUACAGGCAUUUACCUAGAGCUCUUUGUGACACAGUGCUAGUUAUUGUAAAUCAUAGCUACCAGGGUCCCCUGGAAUGUUGCCUUCACAAUCCAAGAUGAAAAACUAUGAUACAAAUGGAUAUGAAAAGAGCUUAGUAGUGAUUUAAGUGGUGACUAAGUACAGAAAGUCAUUGAAUAAAUACCCGUGUAGCAAAUAUACUCUAUGGAGUUUUGAGUAAGUAGGAGCUGCAAAAGCCAUUGCAUUUAGAGAUGAUAGGGUUAAAGGGAAUUGUCAACUAUUGAGGAAGUAAGGAAGACUUCAUGAAGGAUGUGAAAUCUUAACAACUGUUUCAGUGAAGAGAAAAGUCCUGGGGAUCUGAACAACGCUGGAAAGAGAUGUGGAUUUUUGUUUUGAAGGAAAAUUCAGGUAUACAGUCUAUACUUAGUACCUACUAUGUGCUGGGUACUUCUUGCAUGUUUUAGAAGUCCUACUUGGCCCAAUUGGUGGGAGAAGAAAGCUGACCUUGGCUAUGGUGGCCUAAUGAAAGACUUUAAAAUUCUAACAGCUCACCUGUUCUAGCAGAAUUCUACCUCAGAAACCGUGAGGCUCCAUUUGGGGCUUUUUAUUAUGAAACCUGGCACUCUGUAGACUGAUCUUUCAAUAUCUACAUUUAGUUGGAAAUCUGCCAACACUAAUUGGUGGGAAAAGUGCUAUAAAAAACCAAGGUAUGCUAAUUUUUAAGCAAAUGUGAAAACUCAUAAAUGAUAGGCUGAUUUCUUCAUUUGGCCUAAUGCACAUAAGGUUCAUUUUAAUCUAAAGUUACUUUUAUGUUCACGUGCUCUGUAUAGCUUUUAUAGGCUCUAGCUACUUCAUAGUCUAUAAUGACAGUGUUUGGCCUAGGAAGAGUGAUCCAUUAAAAUGCAUGAAUGAGGCUUACAUGUGAAACAGUCUUAUCCUGUUGUCAGAAGUAACUUGUGUGUGUCUGAACAUUGUUCUGUCUUCUGGCAGUGGUGCUCUCUGCUUAGGUGGAGUUGGAUAGGACAAGAGGGUUGGGGAUAGGGUCCUGAAAGUGACUCUGGUUUACCUUAUCAGUGCCUUCUAAUUAUCAGGUUCAGUGACCACUUAAGGUUCAACUCUUAUCCUCUUAAGUAUUUGAGCAACUACUAUGAAGCAGGCACUGUUGUAGGCACUGUGGAUACAGUAGUGACAGAGUCCUUGCCUUCCUGCAUCUUCCAUGCUAGUGAGGACAGGCAAGUCCCUAUUACCUGGUAGAGGUAAUCAGUAAGGCACUGAUGAUCAGUGUGUUCCUGUCCUCAACUCCUCUUCCGGGAUUUAUCUUACCCCUAGUUCUUUUCCUGCCUCUGUGCCUCUCCACCUGCCCUUAAUUUUUCCCAGGGUUUAAUCCUUAGGACUUCACUAAGCACAUCUGGGCAUUUAACCUCUAGAUGGGGCCUAGACCUCCAUCUCAAGCUUCUACCUCUGUGUUGACGUCAGAUCCAUGUUUUAAGCUGGCAGUGGGUCUGUUUAUCUUGAGGUUCCACUGUUACCUCAAACUCCCAUUGUUUAGAAUGGAACCCAGCCUUCUCCUUGUUUCCACCUACAUUUUCUUUUAUUUGAAAGCAUCUAUCUGAUCCUUCAUGGAUCCUUCAUUCCUGCUCCAUCCAUUCUCCUUAAUACUCUUGUCUCUAGUGUUUACUUCUACAUACAACCAUAUCUUGCCCUCCCCUGUAUUCACAUUAGUCACCUGCCUCUCAGUUCUUUGAGCAGUGAUACUUGCCACCACUAGAAUUCUCUGACAAUCUGUGUCAUGGAU